AUGGUGGCCGCUUCCUCGGCGCUCGAGCGACUCACCCCUGCGCUCAAGCCACACGACCCAGGCCUGGCCGACCAAUUGAUCCGCAGCGUCUACGAGCUCCUGAAGAACGCGAAGGCGGCCAUGGUUGCAGCGACCGUGCACUCAACACUCGUUGAACUCGCCGCGCAACGGCCUCGCCACCACCUCCCCGCGACCGCUGUCCCCUCGCUCCGCCUCUCCACCGCCCUUCUCGUCUCCGCGCUCUCCACUGCCACCUCAACCAUCACCCCGCUCUCGCCCCGCAUCAGCCCCAUGACCCCACCGCAACCGCUCUCGCUGCCGCUCGACCUGCCGCUGCCCGCCAGUCCGCGUGCGGCGUCGCCCCUGCCCUCUCCGCAGCGGCGGACGCCGACCGCACCGACGUCGGCGCACCAGCAGCAGCGCGUGGCACGGCCGUGGGAGGAGGAGGACCGGAUCAUAAGCGAGCGCGCAGUGGAGGGCGUCAGGAAGGCACUCCAUGUGCUCAAGCUCCUCUCGUCUGCCGAUGUCCGCGCUCACGCCAGGGAGAUAGCGGAGGUGACGCGCGAGGGACUGUCGGACUUGACGCUGGUGGGCAACCGCGCGCAGGCCAUCGGGCUGGAGCUGCCCGCGGCCACCCUCAAGGCCUCCUCCGCGCAGCUCACCCAACUCAUCCGUCAAACCGAGUACUCGGAGGAGGAGGGCGAGCGGAUCGCCGGGGAUCUGGCGCUGAGCUCGCGCGGCGGCCUCGUCACUGAACCCAGGACGGUCGCGAUUGCCGAGGUGGAGGGCAAGGGUAAGGAAAAGCUGGGCGACGAAGAGGUAUAUGACGACGGUGACGGUGAUCGCAACCAUGGUCGCUACGACGAUCGUGUGGCUGCGGACCAGCCCGUGGCGAUGAUGCACGUCGAAGCUUGUGCGCCUCCGCCAGAGAGCAAGAUGCCCGAGGGCAAGUCCCUCAAGGAGUCCUUCCGCGCCUACGAAUUCCUCCUCGAGCGACGGAAACCGUAUUUCCGCGAAGACGACGCUGAUGAUGACUUCAAAGCAAAAGCAGAGGAAUCGGGCGGGAGGAACCGGGCGCGUUCGCUCUACAUGGCCAAGUCCAACGUCGUCGACGCCACUAAAUCGCCGUCGGAGGAUACACCGAACAGUGACCCAACGCAGGAAAACAAUGGAGGCGAGCUGACCGCUUCAAAGCAACAGCACCGCCUCACGAUCAACCUGGGCGCCCUCGCUGCCCAGCGCGCCGGCAACGGCCAGCAGGACGGCGGCCUGCGCUCGUCGAACUCGAUGCCAGAGCGCGGUCGGCCGGGUGCGAAAGACCUGCAGCCGGCGUCGAAGUCGGCGCGCGGGAUGGCGUCGUCGCCGUCGUCAUUCAAGCCGCCGGUGACCAGCGCGAGCGACGAGCGGGCGGUGGGCAAGCGACUCACCAUCCGCAAGCCGGUCUUUCUCACCGGCUAUCUCGACGCCACCCGCUUCUACAUCGGCGGCACCAUCAGCUUCCGCGUCAUCGUCAACAACAUGCACAAGCGACCAGGGGUGAUGAUGAAGCUGUACAAGCACACGGCGAGCUUCAGCUACAAGCACAACAAGGCCACGGGCGAGAGCGAGCGGAAGGUGGAGUCGCGGCACAAGGUCAAGGUGGCCACCGAGCGGGCCACGCCGGCUGGCUUCCCGGUCGUCCAGAGCAAGCAGUGGACCGGCCUCGUUGAGUUCGCGCUGCCAGCGAGCCUGCCGCCAUCCAUCAUCGCUGACGCUGCGGCCACCUACGAGAUCGCCUACUCAGCCAAGGUAAAGCUCAUACCCAAGAGCUGCGCUGUUGAGCUGGGUCCCUUUGAGCUGCACGACCCUUGA